GUGGUGAAAUUGACGUAAGUGCGCGUGCACGGGAUAAGCGCGGCCACUUUCACAUUAUUUUUUGUAGGAUUUUGUAUGCGCCGCUCCUAUUAGGCCACGUCAAAAUUAUUUUUGUCAUUAUACUUAAAUCAACGUAUCCUUUUCAAUUAGUUGAAUUCAUUAUAACAAAAAAUGUGAAGAAUGUCUUGUAACUGGCUACGUCGAUGCAUCGAGAACGUCUGACAAGACAGAUAGCACUUAGCUCAAGUACUAUUUUUAUUCCAGUUGUUAACCUCGGUCGACAUACUCGCAAAAAUGUCAUUCGAAGGGAAAUACAACGCGAAAAGCCCGGCUGUGAAAAGAUUAAUGAGGGAAGCUCAAGAACUUCAUGAAGCUACAGAAGAAUAUUGUGCAUCUCCUUUAGAAGACAAUCUUUUUGAAUGGCAUUUUACCGUACAAGGCCCACCAUCCACAGAUUUUGAAGGUGGUAUUUACCAUGGUAGAAUUUUAUUACCACCAGAAUAUCCAAUGAAACCUCCAAAUAUUAUACUUUUAACACCUAAUGGACGUUUUGAAACUAAUAAAAAGAUUUGCCUCAGCAUUUCUGGACAUCAUCCAGAGACAUGGCAGCCUUCAUGGAGCAUUAGAACAGCUUUAUUGGCAUUGAUUGCUUUUAUGCCGACACCAGGAAAUGGAACAAUUGGUUCUUUAGAUUAUAGCAAAGAAGAAAGACAGAAGCUUGCAAAAAAAUCUUUAAAUUGGCAAUGUGAUACGUGUGGCAAAGUUGUUGAUUUGUUAUCUAAAAAUACUGUUAAAAAACCCAUCACAGAAGAAGAACAAACUAUGUUAAAUACAAUAGCAUUAAAGGCUGAUGAUUCACCCACAUCUGAUACAUCCUAUUUACUUAAUACAGAUGGCAUUUCAGAAAAUCAACUGAGACAACGUGGUGUUGAAUCAAUUAAUGAGACUGAAGAUCAACAGCAAUCAACUGUCAUAAUAAAUCAACAAAUAGAAACAAUGUCAUCAUCGAACGAUUUAUUUUGGAGUAUUCUAAUUGCUUCUUUAGUAUCAGCUAUAAUUCUACUUGUUUUACGACGACUAUUUCUUGUUUAAAUUAUAUUAAAUGUAACAGAAAAUUGAUUGUAAGUAUGUUAACAAAACAAAGAAAAUUUUAUACACGUUUUA